GGGCUAUUGGCCGAGGAGGUAGCGGGGGGGUGGGCGCAGCGCUGGCGUAGAAGCCUUAGGUGCAGUAGCUCCCGCUACCUGCUGGUGCUGCGGGGUGCGGCGGUGUUUCCCCGUGGGGUGACCUCUCCGGUGUUGUCUCCUCGGUGGUAGCGAGCAUAGUCCUGCCGGGCUGCUCUGCGCUUGCUUCUCUUCGUACCGCUCUUCUUGCCUUGGGGGUCGCCUCAGCUUGCAAAAUGGCUGACAACCGGGACGACGCCUCGGACCAGCUGAAGCAAUGGAAGAGCCAGCGGGGCUCGCAGAAACCAGAUGUCUUGACUACCGGUGCGGGGAACCCAAUAGGGGAUAAGCUUAAUAUUCUGACAGUAGGGCCACGUGGACCUCUUCUUGUUCAAGAUGUUGUUUUCACUGAUGAGAUGGCUCAUUUUGACAGAGAGAGGAUUCCUGAGAGAGUUGUGCAUGCAAAAGGAGCAGGAGCCUUUGGCUAUUUUGAAGUCACACAUGAUAUUACCAAGUAUUGUAAGGCAAAAGUGUUUGAACACAUUGGAAAAAGAACUCCAAUUGCUAUACGAUUCUCCACUGUUGCUGGAGAAUCUGGGUCAGCUGAUACAGUUCGUGACCCUCGAGGCUUUGCAAUGAAAUUCUAUACAGAAGAGGGUAAUUGGGAUCUUGUGGGAAAUAAUACUCCUAUCUUCUUUAUUCGGGAUGCAAUGUUGUUUCCAUCCUUCAUCCAUAGCCAAAAGAGGAACCCUCAGACUCAUUUGAAGGAUCCAGACAUGAUGUGGGACUUUUGGAGUCUUCGCCCUGAGUCUUUGCAUCAGGUGUCUUUCUUGUUCAGUGAUCGUGGUAUUCCUGAUGGCUAUCGCCAUAUGAAUGGAUAUGGAUCGCAUACUUUUAAACUGGUUAAUGCUAGUGGAAGAGCAGUCUAUUGCAAAUUCCAUGUGAAGACUGACCAGGGCAUCAAAAAUCUUUCUGUUGAAGAAGCAGGAAGAUUGGCUUCUACUGAUCCUGAUUAUGGAAUACGUGAUCUCUACAAUGCCAUUGCCAAGGGGGACUAUCCAUCAUGGUCUUUCUACAUUCAAGUUAUGACAUUUGAAGAAGCAGAGAAGUUUCCAUUUAAUCCUUUUGAUUUAACUAAGAUUUGGCCACAUGGUGACUACCCUCUCAUCCCUGUGGGAAAGCUUGUCUUGAACAGGAAUCCUGUCAAUUACUUUGCAGAGGUAGAACAGAUGGCAUAUGAUCCUAGCAACAUGCCGCCUGGUAUUGAACCUAGCCCUGAUAAAAUGCUGCAGGGUCGUCUCUUCUCAUAUCCUGACACUCAUAGACACCGUCUGGGACCUAACUAUCUACAAAUUCCUGUGAAUUGCCCCUUCAGAACUCGUGUGGCCAAUUACCAGAGGGAUGGACCAAUGUGCGUUUCUGACAACCAAGGUGGUGCCCCAAACUAUUAUCCAAAUAGUUUUACUGGUCCAGAAGAUCAGCCCAUGGUAAAGGAGAGCCGCAUGUCUGUUUCGGGAGAUGUGCAGCGCUUCAAUAGUGCAAAUGAAGAUAAUGUGACUCAGGUGCGAGAAUUCUAUACCAAAGUGCUGAAGGAGGAUGAACGCCAAAGGCUGUGUAAAAAUAUUGCUGAUCAUCUUAAAGAUGCCCAACUCUUCAUUCAGAAGAGAGCUGUGAAAAACUUCACUGAUGUUCAUCCUGACUAUGGUGCCCGUAUUCAGGUUUUGCUGGACAAAUACAAUGCUGAAAGUGGGAAAAAGGAUGUAAUUAGGACAUAUACACAGUCCACAUCUCGUGUGUCUGCCAAAGAAAGAUCCAACUUGUAAAGCGUGCUGCAGAGGUUUACUCUAGGAAUUUUCCGUCCUUAUAACUGCAGGACAACUUGUUGAAGAUGUUAAUGAAUGUAGCAGACUUCCGCACAAAUACACAAGUGUUCUACAGGCUUGGUUUAGUAAGAUUUCAAGUGCCUGUAUCUGUAUGGGAAGCUAGGUAACACAAGCUAACAAUCCUAGUGCCUUUCAAUGCUAGUGCUUUACUGCUUGUUAACAACAUAUGGUGUUUUUAAGGAAAUACAUGAUGAAAAAUUGUCUUCAUUUCUAGAAGCAAACAGAAGCUUAAUCAAAAUACCAUUUGAUUUUUUUUUAUUGUAAAACUUUCCUGGCUAAAUCACACACUAGAACUUCUGUAAUGAUACUGUGAUUAUCCUUAUGGAUAAACUUGUUCGCGUUAGAAAUACUGUGCAACAUCAUCUUUUUAAUAAAAUAGUUAUCUGUAUGUAUUUAUAAACACUUCCUUUUGAAUUUCACUUUUGGCCUUCCAGAAGUAAAAUGAUAUGCAGUAGUUAGGGUAAAAUGUUGGUUGUGUCUUAUUCCUUAGAUUGAAAUGAACUAGAAAGCUUAAUCUCAAUACAAGUAAAUCUUAUUCCCAAUAUAUAUUUUAAGAUAAUCUUUGCUUAAUAAUGCUAGGUUGGAUAUAACUGGCCUAAGGGAGAUUGGAAAGAAUAUUUUUACAACUCAAUUGAUGACGUCUUACAUUUCUUGGGGGGGGCGGGAAUUGUUCUUUUAUAAUCUGUAAGAAUAUAAAUAGAAAAAUACUAAUUUUCCAAGUGUCUGAGAAAUUAACCUCCAAAUGCGUGAAUAUUUCUAUCUUUGCCAAAUUCAAGCUCAAGCACUUUCAAAAUUAUUCCUAGUGGCUCCUGAAAUUUGUGUUAUUUUACUGCCAUAAUCUGAUAUUGCUAGCUAUUGAUCAAGCCAGAGCUAGUUUUCAGAGUUACACUUCAAUUAAAGUAGGAUGUUUGUGUGAUUGUUGGUAUAUAUAGCUAGAUAUAUGUAUAAAACCUGAUUUUAGGGGUGUUGUAAUGUUGCCUCGUAUUUGCAAUUUAGUUAAUCAGUGCAAAAGAUUUUUUUGAACCCUUUGGAUUGAAAAGUGUUCCCUAUUAUUAUUCCUUACAUCCAAAGGAGUUUCUUUAGCUUAGUAACACUUUAUUGCCUUCAGUCUUGGAGUAUAAUCUUUAAUCAGGUCUUACUAAUUGGCACAUAAUGGAAGUGUUUAUAUUUGAGAACUUAGAGCAAUAGUUAAAUGAUAAUUAUGGAAUUUCUGGACUUACCUUGGUUAAACAUGAGUAGUGGUCACCUAAGAAAGCACAUUGUCAGCAUCUGAAUGCCUUGCUAUGCAAGCACACAACAGAACCAAGGAGUUUUCAAUAAAAAUCGGUCGUAUCUGUUACAUGUUGAAGUUUAGUCCUGACAGACCAAAGGAGUUUCAAAAGUGUGCUGAGUAGGAUCAGGCAAUUCAUCUUGACAAGGUUUAAUAACUACUCUGCCUGUUACUACUUCCUCUUCCCUUGCCAAAGAGAAAGAUCGGUGUAUAAGUGUAAUUAGUCCAGAUCCUAGCUGUGCAGCAUUACCCCUUGUUGGAAAUAUUUGCUUUCCUGUGGAUCCUGCCUCAUUAGCAUUGGGAUUGGAAAAAAGCAUGAAUGAUGAUACAGAGGAUUUCAGAAUUAAACAAAUUUUAAAUCAUAGCAGGUUUUUUGUUUUCAAUAUUUGGUGCAUUUGUGGGUUUGUCUUGAAUUGUAUUUUGAAUAGGAGUAUUGCCUGAUUUGGCAUUGAGGUGUGAAUUGUCAUUCCAAGAAGUGAUGGCAGAUAAAGAAGAGUAGAUACUAAGUGUUGUUCCAUUAAAUUGUAGAAAGCUACUUCUUCAACUCAUUUAUCUACUAACCUAUUGUGAAAAAUUAGCUGUGAUACAGGUGCAGUAAAGUAACAUGAACUGAUAGCCUGCUCUAUUCUGGUAUCUAAUUGGAUUUUUAGCUGGUCAGGCAGGUGGGAGCUGAAAGAGCUGCAUGAGUGGGUGGAAAUAUUUCUUGCUGGUACAUAGAAUCCUAAUGAGCUUUGGAAAAGAAUAAGUAAGGCUUAAUCUUUAAUUUUGGUGGUGUCUGCUAAAUGAAUUGUAUUGUCUUCCUCUUUUUAUUUCUGAAAUAAAAUGGAAUUUAAAAAUC